UUUAUCAGUUGAUCACAAAAAGGCAAAACACCCCCCCUUCUCUCUCUCUAGCACUCUCUCUCCUCCAUCUAAACCUCACCCCUUCAUUUUUUGUUAGUUGGGUUGUCCUUGAAUUCCAAUUUCCAAUUCAACUUUCUCUUCUUUUUUUUCCCGGAAAAAAAAGUAAAGAAACUGACACAUUCUUUUCUCUGGAAAACUGACGACACAAAAUGGACUUCUGGACUUCAAGGGUUCACUCAGCCAAGCACCUCUCUGCUCUCCAAGCUGCUCGUCUCAACCACAGCUCAGAUAAUCAUUUGAACAUGGACGGUUUAGAAGGAGAUGAUGAUGCAAGAGCUUACUUUCCAUGCCCUUUCUGUUACGUAGAGAUUGAAGUUCGAAUUCUGUGCAAUCAUUUGCACGAAGAGCACUGUUUUGACUUAAAAAAUGCGGUUUGUCCUUUAUGUGCUGCAAAUCUAGGGAUUUCAGGGAAAGACGCAAUUGGUCAUUUUACCGAGCAGCAUUCUCAUUCAGUGAAGAGGAGGAAAAAAUCUCAAAAAUCGGGCUUUUGGAGUAAUAGUUCCUCAAUGUUUGGCAAAGAUUUGCGUGAACUAAGCUCGUUUCUUGGUUCAAGUUCGAUGAGUGGGAGGGGUAAUGUACAUGACUCUGCACCUGAUCCACUCCUCUCACCAUUUCUUUGCAAUGUAACUCUUUCAGACCCUAAAGGUAACCAAGAUGAUGAUUGUUCUAGUAGUGCCGGCUCAACCACUUCUAUCGUGACAAGCACUACCUCAGCAAUGUCAGAUGAACUUCAAGAACAGGAUUACGAGGAGAGAAGGCAGAGAGCCACAUUCUUUCAAGAAUUGAUCCUAUCAACCAUUUUCUAGGAGUUGCUAGCCGAUACCCCUUUUUGGACUUCAAUGGUUCGUUCACCAAUUCAGCCAUCAACAAUACUGAACCGACAGAUACCAGAUUUUAUUCCCCAUGCUUUAGUAGAAAAUCAACCCGCAUAGAUUUGGUUUUGAGAGAAUUUUCUAAAAAAAACCCAACAAGUGUUAAUCUGUUUAUGGCUUUACACUAAAGGCCAUUGUAUCUUCUAUCUGUCAAUCUUUCUACAGUACUCUGGAUGACUAUUAUAUAUGUAUGUAUGUCUAUGUAAUUGUGUAUCUGAAACCUGUAAGGAACUGUAACAAAACCUCGACGGUUAAAAUUUUACUACUUGAUGGUUAAAAUUUUACUACUUGAUUCAGAGUUGAA